CGUGUUCUCUAUCUGGACAAUGUCGUUCAGAGUCGAUUGCUUGGAGAAACAGCCUACCACGAAUCGUUGGUUCAUCCAGCAAUGUUUUCGCAUCAAAACCCACGACGGGUCGCGAUCAUUGGGGGAGGCGAAGGUGCGGCACUUCGCGAGGUUUUAAAGCACCGCACGGUAGAGAUGGUGACAAUGUUAGAGAUUGAUGAAGCUAUGGUUAAUGCGAGUCGGUCUUUU